GCUGCGGAAGAUGUGGAUGAAUGGUCAUCAAUCGCAAAGAGGCGCCCAAAUCUUCGCGGCUUGGACGAUUGUGGUCAAGUUUUUUUUAAUGAAAGUCAACAACGACUCUGCGAGCUAUGUGAUUAUAGCGUUUCUUAAAAUAGCCCGAUACACGUCGUAAAGUAAAGAGGUCGAAGACAAACGCUACACUACACGAGAACGCGAGGACUGCAUCGUUCUCCAUUUCGGAGAAGAACUCGACAACGAAGUGUUUCAAAAUUGUGUUUUAAGCCAAAGUAGCGCGCCAAGAAUCGCCAGCGGAGGUAGCAGCAUCCACCAGUGGACCAGCGUACAGGCGUAGUUAUCAAAAAUGGAAGACUCGCCGCAUCACGUUCACUUUGACCAAACGGUGAUAAAUGAUGGGCUACACGAUAACAGCAUUAUCUACCAGGUGGCACCAGACGGGAGGUCACUGAUGGUCCAUCUGGGAUUUCUGCAGAUAAAACGUCGAUAUCGCAUUGAGCUGAAUGUGCCAGCGCAGUUACUGAAGAAUGCGGGAUUCCAGAUUGGUGCCAACACCGGCUUCGUGGUGCAGGACAAUCCGGUACCGAACCUUAACUGUACGCUGGUGGAGUUUAACAAUCAGACAGUGCUGAUAAAGGACGAAGAGCAUCUGGCUGUCGUUGUCGAGUUCUUUGCCUACAAGGAAAAGCUGGUCAAAGAACACCUGCAUUUAUGCGGCAAGGAGGACGCGAGCCACACUCUGGAGCUGGUGUUGGUAGCACGCGUGCUAGGCAAAGGAAAGGGUACUCCUAUGUUACGAAAUGGUAUUCACUGCAUUGGCGUGGACCCCGAGGAACAGGAAUCCGAGCUAUCCGAUUGGCAAGGAUUUGGAUCAGCAAAGUAGAUAGACGAAUUAUGAAACUCCUCCCAAAACCAUUUUGUAUCUUUGUAUCCCUCUUUGAUAGUAAUAAAUUUCAAUUUCAAUUUUCUAAAGGAAAAUACAAAAUAUUAAU